UCUUGCUCUCUGUAACCCAAUUCGCAAUCGUUUCAGUAGCGCACAUCCGAGCCUCUGUGUGAUUUUUUUAGUGUGUAUUUGUUGGACCUACAGACUUCUGCUUUUUUGCGUUGUAUCUAGACGGUUUUCGGACUCGUUGACAUGGCUUCCAUGAGUGCAGUGGCGUCCGUUGCAGCUGUGCCUACUGGUUUGAGGAGUGAGCUUAGAAGCUCCGCGAGGAGCCGGGGUGCUGCCUCUCAUGUGAUGGCCGGUGCUACGUCGUCCCGGCGAUCGGUGGUUGUGCAGGCCUCCAGCUCGGAGCAGGAGAGUCAAGCGUGGAACGUCGCCAAGAGCGCGGCUGCCGCUGCCGCGGUUUCGCUGAUGCUGAGCGCUUCCCCAGUAGAAGCCAAGGAGGACAAUGCAUUCCUGAGCUUCCCAGACAACGAAGCUGGAGAGGCCUCGCAACGAAUUCUGGGAGAUGCGAAGAGGAAGGGCGACGAGUCAUUCGCCGAAGCCCAGAAGACCGGGAUGGAGAUCACAGGCCAGGCUGCCAGCGCCGGAGAAGCCCAACCCGCCAUCAGCCAAGUGGACCCUAACGCACCAGAAGCCUCCGACAAGAUUGGUGACGCCAUCGCCGCGAGGGCCGACGCCGCUGCGGACUUGGCGCCCGGAACCGGGCAGCAGAACGGGAAGAAGGGGGUGAACCCGAUCGCCAAGGCUUUUGCCACCCCGACCCGGGGCCUGGGAGACAAGGCGAGCGAGAACGAGGGGCGCCUGAGCAGGAACAAGGAGAAGCAGAACAAUUUGCCCGGUGACGAGCAGACGUACAGGCAGAACACGGGCAUUUCGGAGAGCAUCUACAACACGUUCAAGGCUGCGGGCGAGGGCAGGGAUGCCAACGUGGGCAUGAAGCCGCAGUAAGCGGGUGCAUGUAGGGGCGCUGCAGGGCGCUGCGGGUGUACAAUGUGUGUAUAUUGCGGACCGUGUGACGCAGUGUGUAGUAGAGUAGUGGCAAUUGAGGUGCGCAAGCUGUGGGUAGUUUCGGAUGCGCUUUACAAUGACCUGUAACGUUGAUGAUGAGAAUAACACAAGAGCAUGGGCAUGAGUCGGAAAUUGUGGCUCAUUGGAUUUAUUGCA